UCCGACAGGGACUUUUUUCCUCCUUUCAGUCCAAUUUGGGUCAAUUCACUUUUGUGGUUUUCCUUAUUUUUGUUUUUUUUCCACUGACCUCAUUUGCCGCCGCCGCCGCCUCCCGUCCUCCCCACAUAUAUCCUUUAGGUAGUAAUGGAAUAUCAGAAAGACUACGCAUCAGCAAAAACGAAAGCAGCACCCGGUCACAGUAAUCCGCCUGCCACAAAAUGGUUCCAGACUCACGAUGACAGCGACUCUGAUCAAGUGGGAUUGGUACCUCACAAUCGCGGUUAUAAACUGAAGAAAUGGGGUGUCUCCGAUGCUCAAUUUGGAGGAAAUAGACUACGUGCUCCACGGGGAUUACGGGAAGAAACUGAAUAUACAAAAGGAGGCAAGAGACGUCCUGUGCUGAAACGAAAACGUAGAUACAUUGACGACGAUUUACUUGAUGAGGAAGAAGAUCCCUACAAGCUCAUCAACAUGGAAGAUAUCCUGAGUCCCAUCGAAACGCCUACCGACGUGGUGCGUCGACCGGCUCUACGUCGCAUCAUGAAAUCGCCGCAAAUCGAAGCCUUGACGGAAACCGCGAUGGAAUUCAUUGAAAGUGAAAAGAACUUUAAUAAGAUUCUCUGUCGCUUAGCCGCUAUUUUGCACAAUGACGAUCCUCGCUAUCUCGAUUUAUCAUUUGAACGACCUCCCGAUCAACGCAAAAAAUUAAAAUCACAAACACAAGACAAAACCGACGAUUCCACCCAAGACAAAAAGCUAAAUGAUGAAUACCAGGAAACCCAGGAUAAAGAAGAGAAGCCAGAAACCAGCGAAUCAAAGGAACCGACGAAUGAAGAAAACACCGCACCGGAAGCGGAUACAGAAGCGCAAGAAGUGGUCAAAAAAGUCAAAGAACUGCUACUGGAAAAUAUCAAUUUCAGCAACGAAUACCUCUCGCGCUUACAUAAUGCACGUGACAGAUUAUGCAAAGCCCAUAUGCAAAAAGAGACCUUGUGGAAACAGCUCAAAGUGAAUGCCAAAGAAGAAGAUAUUCGAAACCCUAAAUCCUACCGGGACGAUACUGUACUGAAUGGUUAUAACUGAAAAAAAAGGAAAAUAAUGAAUCCGCAUCUAUCAAUUUGAAUAAACGCAUAAUCACGCACCAAAAUUAAACAGUC